AUGUCCACUUUAGAAGAUCUCGAUGACCUUGAGCGAGAUAACCAGGAUAAGAAGGGCGAUGGCGACAAAGAUCAAGGGAAGAAGCCCGAUCAGAAUGGUGAUGCCGAAAUGAAGGAUGCCGAGCCUGAGGAGAAGGAAGAGGACCCUAUAGACGGGGAGAUAUACAACUUAAGCACACAAGAUAUUCUCACGCGGAAAAGGCUGCUCGAGAACGAUUCGCGGAUCAUGAAGAGCGAGUAUCAACGUUUAUCUCACGAGAAGGCUACUAUGGGCGAGAAGAUCAAGGACAACCUCGACAAGAUUGAAAACAACAGGCAAUUACCCUACCUUGUCGGCAAUGUUGUUGAGCUGCUUGAUCUAGACCCAACUGCGGAAUCCCAAGAAGAAGGUGCCAAUAUCGACCUGGAUGCCACGCGCGUAGGGAAAUCUGCUGUAAUCAAGACCUCCACCCGACAAACUAUCUUCCUUCCCCUUAUUGGCCUCGUCGACCCCGAGCAACUAAAGCCAGGAGACCUGAUCGGUGUGAACAAGGAUUCGUAUCUGGUUUUGGACACAUUACCCGCAGAAUAUGACAGCAGAGUCAAGGCUAUGGAGGUUGAUGAGAAGCCAACGGAAAAGUACACUGAUGUAGGAGGACUUGACAAGCAGAUUGAGGAAUUGGUAGAGGCAAUAGUAUGGCCAAUGAAGGAGGCUGAUAGAUUCAAGAAGAUUGGUAUCAAGGCUCCUAAAGGUGCCCUCAUGUACGGUCCUCCUGGUACAGGUAAAACCCUCCUCGCCCGAGCUUGCGCCGCCCAAACCGAUGCCACCUUCCUCAAACUCGCGGGUCCACAAUUAGUACAAAUGUUCAUAGGAGAUGGUGCCAAGUUGGUACGAGAUUGCUUCGCUCUUGCCAAAGAAAAGGCACCUGCGAUCAUCUUCAUCGAUGAGUUGGAUGCCGUUGGUACAAAGCGUUUCGACAGUGAGAAGAGCGGAGACAGAGAAGUCCAAAGAACUAUGUUGGAACUUCUUAACCAGCUUGAUGGAUUCGCUUCAGAUGAUCGUAUCAAGGUUCUUGCAGCUACGAACAGAGUCGACGUUCUCGAUCCUGCCCUGUUACGUUCUGGACGUCUGGACAGAAAGAUCGAGUUCCCUCUCCCUAAUGAGGAAGCCCGAGCACAGAUUCUCCGGAUUCACAGCAGAAAAAUGACGGUCGACGAUGCAGUCAACUGGCCCGAGCUGGCAAGAAGUACGGAUGAAUUUGGAGGUGCUCAGCUUAAGGCUGUCUGUGUAGAGGCAGGUAUGAUUGCGUUAAGAAUGGGGAAGAACAAGAUCAGCCACGAACAUUACGUUGAUGCCAUUGCGGAAGUUCAAGCCAAGAAGAAAGAUACCGUCAAUUUCUACGCUUAG